CAAUAGUUCAUGCACAGUAGAGUGAUAAGACCGCCGCUGGCAGCCUCUAGCCUCGUCACCGACCGACAAACUCAUUCUCCGCUAGAACUAGAAGUGAUCGUGAUCGUGAUCGCGUGCGUGCGUGCGUGUGCAGUGCCACCGGAAGUAGAAAGCAGGAAGAAGAGAGAACGCUAGGUUUGGUUGGUUGGGGCUGCACCACCUGCCGCUGAUCCAGGUCCCGUAGGUGGGUGUGAUGGGGAUGAUGGAACGGCAGGAACGGUUUGUGGUGCUGUUGGUGAUGGUGGUUAGUGUGUUCGGGAUGCUGAUGGUUUCAGCCGUCGGUGACCUUGGUGAGGAUACCCUGCUCGCUUCCAACCUCCCUGAGCAUGCGCUAGAGGUGGAGAGGGACGAUGAUGGGGAGGAUGCGAGUUCGCCAGCGGGAGGAUCGACAAACGAAACACCUGCGGAUGUGACGUCAACCGCUCGACCAACAUCCGGUGAUGGAGAUGAUGGUGGUGGUGGUGGUGGUGGUGAUAUCGCACGGCUGGCACUGGUAAGUGCCCGCUUUCGGCAGCACAUUGACGAGCUGCGACGGGCCGGGGAUCGGCUCGAUAUCGUCUUCCUGGUCGAUGCGAGCUCGAGCGUCGGUCCGGCCAACUUUGCCAGCGAGCUGCGCUUCGUAAAGAAGCUGCUGGCGGCCGACUUUGACGUGCGGCUCAACCGGACGCGCGUCGCCCUCGUGACGUUCAGCUCGCGCCGGAAGGUGUUCCGCCACGUCGAUCAGAUCUCGCGGCCCGACGCGUCCAACGACAAGUGUGGUCUGCUGCACGACGCGCUGCCCGCCGUCGGUUACAGCGGUGGCGGCACCUACACCUACGGUGCCCUCCGGGAAGCGGAAGCGAUCCUGGCCGGUGAUCCCGAUCCGCAGGCCGGUGCCGACGCGACGCCGGCGCGCAUCGUUUUUCUCGUCACCGAUGGCUACUCGAACGGGCGCAACCCGGUACCGGUGGCCGCACGCCUGAAGGCGGCCGGUGUCCACAUCUUUGCCCUUGCCAUCGAGACCGGCAACGGGGACGAGCUGUCGGCGCUGGUGUCGGCCGAACCGUACCUUUACCUGCUCCGCAGCUACGACCAGUUCGAGGCGCUCGUACGGCAGGCCCUACACCUCGACUACCGCCCCGGACCGUCCCAUCCUGUCGCGAAUCGGUCGCUGUGUGACCGGCUGUGUGAUCAGCCCUCGUCGUCGUCGGAUGGUGGCGGCGGCGGCUGCUGUGACCAGCGUGCCAUCUGUAGCUGCGGCACUACGUCCGGUCACUACCAGUGCACCUGCGAGCCGGGGUACGAUGGUAGCGGGCUGCGCGGUGACUGUCAACCCUGCGCCAACGGUAGCUACUGGGAGGAUGGUGGUGAUGGUGGUGGCCGUUGCCGGCAGUGUCCCCACAGCCGGCAGAUUACGUUGCGGCUGGGUGCGACCGCGGUCAGCGAGUGCGUCUGCCCGCACGGUUACCAGGCGAACGAGGAUGGACGGUGCGUGGCGGUGACGUGUGCCGAGCUGGUCGCGCCCCCGAACGGUUACUUCGUGAUGGAACCGAAACCGUGCGGCCGGGUACUGAACGCAGCCUGCGGUGUCCGCUGUCGACCCGGUUACGAGCUCUCCGGUAGCAGCAUUCGGCUGUGCCAGGAGAACGGCCAUUGGUCUGGUACCGAGGCCAAGUGUACGCUGAAGAUGUGCCCACCGCUCAGCAUCCCGUACUACGGUAUGACGGUGUGCUCCAACCCCGAUCUGGAGCUGUACUACGAUUACACGCCGCGGAACAAAACGUUCAUGCGCAACUACAGCAGCGCGGUCGAGCGCUACACCGAGCAGAUGCCGAUCGACACCGAGUGCUCGUUCAAGUGCGGACCGGGCUACUACCUGAAAGGUUCCCACAACCGCAACUGUCUGCCGCUCUCCAAGUGGGACGGUCUGCACACAACCUGCAAGCAGAUCGUGUGCCCGGCGCUACCGGCGGUACCGUACGGGACGUACGAGCCGACUGACUGCGCGACGUCCAAGUCCGCCUUCGGCACCAACUGUACGCUCGUGUGUGACUUUGGGUUUGAGAUGAAGGGUGGCCCAUCGACCAAACAGUGUGGCGGACGGCGAACGGGCGUGUGGAGCAAAUCGAAGACGCCACGGUGCGUCGACAUAGCGCCACCGUUUCUCGAGUGUCCGGGUGCGUACGAGGUGCUGCUGGAGGACGACUACCCGUACAGUGUGGUGCGCCGGUUGCAGCAACCCUACGUCUACGACAACAGUGGCGAUAACUUUACGUACUGGGUGAAACCGGCACUGCGCGAUGGCGGCACGCAGCUACCGCUCGGUGAGCACGAGUUCACGUACGUUGCGGUGGACGCGUUUAAGAACAAGGCGCGCUGCAGCUUUCGCGUGACCGUGAUCGACCGGACACCGCCCGUACUGGAGGGUUGUGACGGUGGGUCCGGUCAGGCCGCGGCCGUGUACUACGUCAGCCAGCCGGACAAUCCGCAGGAGACGCUGGUGCGCUGGGAGGAGCCGACCGUGUUCGAUAAUGCGGGCGCAGCCGGUGUCACGAUGACGCAGAACGUGACGCACGGUUAUCUGCCGGUCGGUACGCAUACGGUGCUGUACCGGGCGGUUGAUGCCGCCGGCAACGAGGCCAACUGUACGGUGCGGGUCGAGGUGCGGCAGUACAGCUGCGAGACGCUACCGGAACCACCGAAUGGGUUCGCCGUCUGUGCGCACAAUGGGAGCCACGUCUGGUGUGAGCUGAGCUGCCGGGAGGACUUUGCUUUCGCCCAUAAUCAGACCACCGACACGGUGCUGCUGGUGUGUGACCGAGCACGCCCGACCUGGCCUGGCGGUGGCGAUGGCAGCGGCAGCGGCUUCGCUGAUCUGCCCGAAUGCAGUGCAGUCGUGCGGCCACUGGGCGUCGAGAAGGUGCUGACGCUGCAGCUGGAGCAACCGGGGCUUCUCGAGCCGACGCUCUGCGAUGAUCCGGACGCACUGGACGAGCUGUCCGAGGGCUUCGCUAGUGGGUUGCGGGGUCAGCUGUGUGGUGAGCAGACGAACUGUACCCUGCUGACCCGGUUGCCGGUGUGUGAGCUGGGACCGGGAUCGGGAUCGGGAGCGGGCGGUGGUGAUGAGGCCACCCGGUACCAUGUGGUCAAGCGCCGUAGUGCCGCAACGCAGCCAACCAAGGGGGAGAAGGAACAGCAGCAGCAGCAGCAGCAGCAGGAGCUGGUGCGUCAGCGCUCCACGGUCAAGGUGGUCGUGUACAAGCGGCUCUCGCAGGAGCUCGGCCUAUGGCGUAGCGAUGGUAAGAAGUCGGAAAACAUCAAGCGCAUCAAGGAGGAGCUGAGGAAACUGAAUGGGAAUGAGAAGCUGCGCCGGCGCCUGGGUGCCCUCGAUCUUGACCUGAGCGUGCUGCGGCUGGACGAGCUGGUGCAGUGCGCGAAUGGUAGCAUCGCCCGGAAGCUACAGUGCGUGAACUGCCCGCGGGGCACGUACCACAACUACACGCUCGGUAAUAGCUGCCCGAGCUGCCCGAUCGGUACGUACAACGAGCGGGCUGGCCAAACCGCAUGCCAACCCUGUCCCGUGAACCACUCCACCAGCCGCCCCAAUGCCAAGCACGCACACGACUGUAAACCCCAGUGUCCACCCGGGACGGUGGCCCGGUUGAAGCCGAUUGCCGUCGUUCGUCGGCCAAAUGGAAGUGGCCGUGGUGCACACCAGGUACCCGUCACCAAGUACCAGAAAACACUGAUGCCAUUCUGCCGUAAGUGUGAACCCGGCUACUACCAGGGCCAGUACAACCGGGCCCAGUGUCAGCCGUGCCCGGCGGGGUAUGGUUCGGCCCGUGGGUCCAUCUCGGUCGCCGAUUGUUACCCUUUGGUGUCACCGCUCGACCGUCACCGAGGUUGCCGGGAGUGUAGUAACCACGGCCGUUGCCCGGCAGGUGGCGACGCAAACGAUGGUUGCGUCUGCGACGAAGGGUAUGUGGGGGAGCGGUGCGAGCUUGCGAUCAACCCGUGUGCCUCGGCACCCUGCCUCAACGGUGGUACCUGCGUAGCGGUCGCCAAUGGUACCGACUUCGAGUGUCACUGCCGGCCACCGUACCUGGGCGGUUCGCACUGUGAGCUGUACGUGGAUCCCUGCCAGACACCGGUCCUUCUGCCUGCCAAUGACUCCUCCUUCUCCUCGGCACCCUGUGCACGAGAGGGGGGCAGCUGCGUCGAGGUAGAUGGUGCCGCCGUCUGCGAGUGUCGCCCCGGGUACGAGGGGGCGCGGUGCGAGCGGCACCGGGAUCACUGCAACCCGAACCCCUGCCUGUACGGUGGGGUGUGUGUGAGCGCCGGUGACGGUUACAGUUGUGUGUGCCGUGCCGGUAAGACGGGCCGCCGGUGCCAUCUGGAACCGUGCGAUUACCUGCCGUGCAGUGGCCGUGCUCGUUGCCUGAAUGGACGCCAGGGGAACGCAUGGAGAACGCCUGGAGCCAGUGUUGUGGAGGAGGAACAGGUACACUUCCGGGAGGCGGUCGCUCAACGGCGCCGGCAGCAGCAACAGCAGCAGGAGCUGGAGCUGGUGGAUGAGCUACCUGCGCCCCCGACCUCGUUGCCUGCGCCUCUCGCCUCUCGUGAUUACCGCUGCGUCUGUCCAGUCGGCUGGCGGGGACCGAACUGUACCGAGGUGGACAAUCCGUGUGAUGCGCCGGGGAUCGGUCACGGUGGGAUGUGCCUGAACGGUGGUACCUGCGUUCCGCUGAAGCUACGUCACGCUGUCGACAAUCAAGACCAAGAAGAAGAAGAAGAAGAAGAGGAAGAGGAGCGAACCGAGAUGGCGGCUGCAGCGGAUGACGACGAGGUGUACCGGAUGGUUCGGUGUGCCUGCCGGCCCGACUAUACCGGUGACCGGUGCGAACAGCAGGUAGCCACCGAUUUCCUGGUCGAUCUGAGUGAACCGGGCACCGCCCGGGAGUUCCUGAAGCUACGGCUCCGUUCCGGCACCGCCGGUGACGCCGACUGGCGUGAGAUCGGUCUCUGCGGGUGGUUUGAGACGCGCGACAGCUUCAACUAUGGGACGCUCGUUUCGUACGCGACGCACCACCACGACAACACGCUCACACUGACCGAUUACAGUGGUUUGGUGGUGUACGUCAACGGGCAGCAUGUCGUCACCAACGUGACGCUCGUCGAUGGCGAGUGGCACUUUGUGUGCGUGAGCUGGAAUGGCGCCCGGCAGGGCCGUUGGCACCUGUACCUCGAUGGAGUGGUACGGGCGGCCGGUGUGGGAUUGGCCACCGGUUCCACCAUCCCGGCCGGUGGUCUGUUCGUGCUCGGCCAGGAACAGGAUGUGGUCGGCGGUGCGUUCAGUGCCACCGAAGCGUACCGGGGUCGCAUCGCGUACGUGGAUGUGUGGGCCCGAGAGCUGACGGGGGCGGAGGUUGCUAGCUACUACCGUGCAUGCGCCACCACCACCACCACCGCUCCCUACCACGGUGACAUCAUGCGCUGGACGGAUCUGAGGACGCGAGCCGCGGCGUCCGGUCGGGUGCGGUACGCUGCAUCCGGCUUCUGCCGUCAGUGUCCCCGCAACCUGUCGCUACCGCACGGUUCGGUGACGUACGAUGAGGGCCUGACAGGCGGACAGGCCGUGUUCCGGUGCGGGGAAGGGUACGAGCUGGUCGGUCCACCGCUUGCCCACUGUCUGCGCACGUCGCGUUGGAACAACCCCCGGGAGCAACGAUACUGCAAGCUGGUAAGGUGUGGAGUAUUGGCGGCCCCACUCAAUGGGUGGGUCAGCUUUUCGAAAACCAGCUACGGUGGUGUAGCCCAGUUCGGCUGUGACGAAGGGUUCCUGCUGGACGGGCCUCCAGUGACGCUCCGGUGCAUGGCAACGGGCGCCUGGUCCGGGCCGGUACCGGCCUGCAUUAGCGUCGUACGUUGUCCGGCGCUCGUGCCCAGUAGCACUCCACUGAUCCAACCGAUCAUCAUCUACGCGACCGAGCGGGGCAUUAUCGGUGGUGCACCGGCCGACAGCUACGACGAGGGUGUGAUGGCGGAGGUACGGUGCCCCGAAGGUUACGAGCUACCGGCGGAUGCCGAGAACCUGCUGACGUGCGGUGACGGUGGCCAGUGGGAUCUGUUACCCUUGCCAGAGUGCACACCGACAACGAUAACGUCGACGACGACGAUGACGACGAUGACGACGACAACGGUGGCGACCUUCCCGAUCUCCGAGGACAACCGUCGGCCGGAUGAGCGUUUCUGGAAGAACUUGCGGGACUACCUGCAGCAUGGUUGCAGCGACACGGACACGGACGGCAGGAGCCGCUCCCUGUUUUGCUUCCUACCCGCGCCCGGACCGACCGAUCCGGGUUGGCCGGAUUUGAGUGAACUGCCGGCGCCGACGGCUGCCGGUCCGAACCUAGAGGCGAAGCUCCUUGCGUUGCUCGUACGCGCAUCAGCUGAGAGGGCAGGGGUCGAGCCGCGGACCACGAUCGAACUGCGGCCGGUUUAUCUGCUCAACUAUCUCCUGUACGGGGUGGCCGGACCGGUCGAUCGUGCCCUGCGCUAUCCGGAGCCACUCGAGCACGGUUACCGUGCUGUCAUCUGUCGCUAUAUCGACGCCAUUGUGCAGGAGGAGCGGGAACCCGAGGGAAGCACGAGCGUCAAGCUGAAGGUGCUGCUAACGAGGGCGUUCCGACCGAUCUACGAGCAGUACCGGCGAUGGACGUUGCAGCCGAUGGCGACGGCGACGCCUGCGCCGCCGGCGACUCAUCCUGAACCAUCCGAGCACGCGGUCCGGCGCUGUCCGUUGCACCAUCUGCCCCGGCCACCGAUCGACAGCCGGGUGGUGGGCAUCGAAUCCAAGCGCCACUCAUCGUCACUCGCGGACGGUGCGGCGCCCGACGCUGGCGGCGGCGGCUGGCAGUUUGAGCAGUUGCGGGCGAGCGGACUCGCGGUCGAACCCGGCACACGCAUCCGGUAUGGGUGCGAGCGGGGCUUCACGAUGCGUGGCCGCGGUAUUAGCGAGUGUGCCCGGGAUGGCCGUUGGACCGCGCUCGAUGGUUUCUGUGAGGGUGCACUGUGUGAGGAUCCACCGAUGCGCCCCCUAAUGCACAUUGCGCCCGGUUCCCGCGACACACACUACUACGUCGACGACGAGCUGGAGUACCGGUGUGAACCGGGCCACACGCUCCAGGGCCACCCGAUCGUGCGCUGCCAACCGAACGGACGCUGGACGCCCAUUAUGGCGCGUUGUGGCCGCAUAUCGUGCGGCCGGCCGGCCCUCCUACCCACCGCACGCAUCAUCGGCGGUAACUCGUUCCAGUUCGGGGACUCGCUCCGGGUGCGCUGCGAUGCGACGCGUACGAUCGACAUCACGUGCCAGGCCAGCGGCGGCUGGACACCGUUCGGUGAGUGCUGAAACCUGAGACCUCCCAACCUGGUCUCUGGGAACACAACGGAACUUAAGGGGGGGCUUCGGUUAUUUCGAGUCAAAAAAGGGCUUAUUUUUGACGAUUUAUUGUGCUGAAACCAUUAAGCUUUAUUUUUUCAAAAGAAUGUCAUAUUAAACUACAACUUUUCAAGAACAUUUGGUUCUAUUUUGGGGAAGAUUUGAUCAAAACUACGUUCAUGGCAUCCAUUCUAGAAAGGCAAGUUUUCAAAAAUGUACUUUUUGCGGUGCCCAUCGUAGCUACGUGCUGUGUCAUCUGAAACAUACAAAUGGGUAUUCUUUUGUUAGAUUAUAAGUUUAUCCAGGUAGCCCCGUCGAGUUUUUGGUGAAUUUCUCGUUUUUCGAUUUUUGGCAGAUUUUUAAAGUUGAAAAAGUGUUACUUUUUUCGAUGUUGCCUCAAAAACCGAGUUUUAUAUAAUUAAAUGAAUUAUCAAAAAAAAGUAACAACAAUUUUAACAAAAACUCGACGGGGUUACCUGGCAAAUAGUGUACAGAUUAUGUGUUCAAAAUUUCAAAUCGAUCGGUCCAGUAGUUUUUAUGCUACGAUGGGCACCGACUUUGAAAACGCAGGUUUUGGGAAUCACGAUUCAAAGCCUUGUAUGAAAGACGGAUUUUCAAAAAUCAAUAUCUUUGACAAUUUUGCUUCGAUUGAUCCCAAAGUUUUACACAAUACUCUUGAAAGGAUAAGCACUCACAAAAAAUUGUUAAAAGUAAAUGCGAAGAAUUAAAAUAAAAUACCGAAGCCCCCCCUUAACGCAACGCAGUGCACGCAAUGGUGAUGGCGAUCCCCAAAACAACCCAAAAUAAAAAUCCGAAACUAUCGAGCCGGAGUGUAGCGAGUCCGAGUUGUAUGGUUUGUAGUAAGUUUAUUUCAACAACAGCAUGCUCCCGCAACCCGUCACGACGGACCGUCUCGGUAAAGUACACGUAUAAUUUCACUAUUUAUAAAUGAUUGUUGGAUACUUUGUGGCUUUGUGGCGCGGCACGAUCUAGCCCCCCCACACUGCUGUGUGCGUGUGUGUGUGUGUGUGCUGCGAGACUGCCUGCCUGUACCGCCGCCGCUGUGGCACCGACUGCAAUCCUGAGGAUUGGACUGGACUGGAGGCCAGGCCAGGGUAGUAGCCAGGGGUUUCAGGCUCAGAUCCAUCAUCAUCCUCACCCUGGGAAGCGGCGG